AUGGAGUUCAAUCGUGAGGGCCUCGAGGAGUUCUUUUCAGAUGGUGUGUUGAACCCUGCGACGACGAGUGAGCCGUACCUGCAGAACUCUCCUAAAUUCAAGGAGGUUACAAACCGGGUGUUUCUGCUGCACGAGCCCGACCCGGCCGCCUUUCCGAAUGGCCCCGACUUCGACAUCGUACUCCUGCAUGGAAUCGGUAGUGAUGAAUUUAAGUGCUGGACAAACGCGCAGGGAAUUGUGUGGCCGGCAGUUUUUUUCCCUCAAGACUUCCCCAUGGCCAGAGUGCUGACCGUCGGCUACGCGCACGCCCUGUUUAACUGGAAAGUCGACGCGAGAAAGGACGCGGGGACGCCUGCGAAACCGUUGUUACCUCUGUCGUCCUCGACGGAACAACCUGCCGAUGGCUCGGUGUCUCCCUCCUCGGCGUCGUCGCAACCAUCGCUGACAGAGGAAAGUGACCCACUUCGUCACAUUAAAUCGCUCGCCGAUCGAGUUGGGCAGUCGGCGAGAGAGUCGGCCUCCACCUUGACGCCGAAGGAGGUGUCUGAGUGGUGGACGAGGGAAAGCGAGCCGCGGCAUCGCGGGGAAGAACAGACUAGCCAAACUCUACUCAAAACGACAGUGGACACAGCAGCCGCUAAGGAGGAGGACCUCCUAGUUGGUGGUGCAUCUACGACGCAGGCAAAGCAAAACCAGUACGCAGGCAACACUCUCUUCCAGCUGCUGACGAGCAUCCGUGACUCUACCGGGUCCCUCGUGGCCGCCGAGGAUGAAAGCAGCGCUGGCAACCUUUCCGGCUCCACCCCAGAGGCUGACGAGGCUGCAAAGGACAAAGCAGAGAAACCUUCACGGGAUAUACGAAGUCUGCAGAACAUGCGCGUUGUUGCUGCGGAGCUGGCGGAGCGGUUGGGCAGUCCGGAGGUCGGCGUAGGGCAGAGACCCGUUGUGUUUCUGGUGCACUCAAUGGGAGGGCUCAUGCUCAAGCAAAUGCUCAUCUCCCUGUUCGAGGCCGCUCGCCUCGCCCCGCCUUCCGCCGCCGCUCUCUCCCUCGCCACCGACUUCAGCGCCGCAGAACGCACGACACAGGCGGUCGCCGUCAGCCGAAGUUGUGCGGCGGUGCAAAAGGCAAACGUGCUGCUGCGCGCUGUGCGAGGCGUUGUCUUUUACGGCACCCCGCACUUUGGAUCUGCCGUGGCUAGUGUUAUUACGGGUUUACAAAAGUACUACCAGGGACUGGGUGGCCUCACCCCGACGAGCGUGGUGACCGGGCUGGGCGAUCACAACAAACACGAGCUGAUGCGUCUCAAUGACCGUUUUUUCGACGUGAUCGAAAGGGUCGGCGGUGAGCCUGCCGUUGGGAGUCUUGGGUCUGUACUGACGACGUCGCAAAGCGACACCACCGUUAGGAACUACGUGGCUGCGAUGGAGUCGUCGCUCACUUUGGAGCCAAGCACCUGGACGGCGUCCUCCAGUUCAACGAUGUCGUCUGCCGAAAGCGGCGAUCGCGCGCGCGGAACGGUGUGGAUUGUGUCAUUUGGCGAGACGAAGAAGCUCAACGGUCUCGUGCGGGUGGUCGACCCCGAGUCAGCCAACCCGGCCCCGGACGAUCCGCGGUACCCUUUCUACCUCGUCAACGCCGAUCACGGGGAGAUUUGCCGGCCGCUUACCAAGAUGUCUCCCUCGUACGCGAUUGUGUACGGAAUGCUGGAUCGCAUGCAGCAGCGCGGACGGCUGAAGUGGCAGCAUGGGCAAGCUCUGCCAGCGUCUUUGUUCGGUGGCAUUCCAGCUCCCACACCAUCCGGCUCGCCAGGUGAGACCACGAAGUCCUCUGCGAUUGAAAAAAUGGGUGACAGCUACGAGAGUGGAUGGUCGGUGCUGUUUGACCCUUCCAGACUGAUGUCUCGUAUAUCCGGCAGAAAGGAAGACGGUCCAGCAGCGCCACCCGUCGCUCCUUCCUCAGUGUACGCACGAUCCUGCACGGGCAACCAACGGUGCCUACGUGCGUUGCAGCAGGGCCUGGGGGAGACGCGCUUGGCACUGCCCGUGCUAGAGGCGGCGCUGGCAGACCUCCACCAGCUUCUCCAUCGCUUCUUUGGGGUUGCCAUACCGCCUCAGCUAGACUCCAUCUUCCUCCUCGCGGCGGACGUGAUGGACUUUGUGACUCGCUUCUACGAACGUGAAGCGCUAACCUUGCAAACGUGCGGGUCCGAAGGGGAGGCGGCGGACAGCUGUCCGGACGGCCACCCACUGGUGGACGAGAUGGUGUCCUUUCGUGUACCUCUGCAGCUUCUCAUCUACUGGGCGCGACAAGCGGCCGAUCUGCUGCGGGUCUUUGAGCUGAGCCAGCAGGAGCGUGCCAUCGGUAUCGAUGCGACGAGCGGAGCGUCACCCACAGCGGCGAAGUGGGAGAGUAACCUGUCCAUGCACUCUGGCAGUCGCGACUUGCGCGAGUUGGGCGAGCUAGAGCAAAGUGUUGGGGUGGUGCAGGAGGAGUGGGAGGCGUUUCGGCGUUAUGUGAGCUUGCGACACCGCGCAUCAUCAACGAGCACAACUGUGCGUGCAACGCAGAGCGAUGGACGAAGCAGGCGGCCCAAACAUCAGAACAAAUUUUCGGAUAGGGCUGAGGAGCCUGCUGACUUGGUUGCACGUGAACACAUCGCAGUGCUCUUCUUUGCACGUGCGAUACGCACCAUCGUCUCGCAGCACCUCCACGACGGUGGCGCGUUGGGCGGGCUGCUUGGCGCGUAUCUACGUAGUGCGAUUCUGCAGAUCCGCGGGUCGGAAAAGCAGCUAUCACCCGUUCACCUCGAGCACGAUCCAUGGGCCGUGAUCGAGUACUCCGGUUCUACGAACGCGGAGUCGGUUGUGGCGCUCGUCAUAGAAGGCCUGGAGCUUUCCAUCACCCAGUCCUCUGCUCUUCAGAGCAGCAGCGUCCUGAUGGACACGAGCGGCAGCGGUGUGGAGCUCACGCCGGGUGCGGAGUUGCGGGCAGCUGUCCCAGCCCUCACCGCCACCUCAUCCGUUCUCCUGGGCUGCUUCGCGCUUUAUGUCGACGGGAUGCACCGCCUCGAUGGUGGCGCGCGGUGGCCACGGGCGGCACGACACUUCCAACUCGCUGUAUCUUCCCUGAAAGCCGACUUGCAGGUGCGGGGACGACUCCUGCGUGCCGCGUCACGCACGAUGCAACGCGAGGGAUUGGUUCCGGGGUCACGGCAGGACAGCGGAGAGGAUUCGCGCGGCGCGGAAAAGGAUUGGUGGAGGACGGCGUGGGCACUCACAACGUCCAACGCAGAAGAUGCAGCCAAACAGGCAGGAGGGUCUUCCGCCUCCUCUUCUUCUUCCACUGCCGCUGGCGCCAUUGCGGCGGCGUUCACGGACAAUCGACAAGCGCACGUCGCGAAGCUCGACGACGGUCUUUUUCUCUUCGCUACGCAGCUGGUGGCAGAGUCUUGUAGGUGCUCGCUCCUCAUCCGCGCCUGUCGUGCUCGCCAGACGCUCGUGGUAGGGGCGUACUCCCUGCCGAGCGUCGAAGCAGGAGAGCGCACGCUGUGGAGAAACGCCGGAUUUGAUCAACCAGAAGAGAUGGCAGGGGAUCAGAAUGCAACCACAGACGACCCGGUAGAUGAUCUCGUGCGGAGUGUGGAGGCAGCCCAGGAAGUAUACCUCAGGACAAGCCAAAUCUUGCGCGGCGUGUUUGCGCUGAGCGACACGGAAACGCCUUUUGCGCUGGAAGGAUGUGGUGCGGACAGGAGAGGGGCCGAAGAGAAGGAUGAAGGCGUGUUGUGGUCGGCGGAGAAGAGCAUGAAGGUGCAGCUUCGCGAUGCCGUUAAACGCAUCCUUUCUGAACUUGACGAGGACGAAGGCGAAGCGGCCGAAUCCAAUAAGUCGGCAGAGCCACAACGAAACAAAGAGGAUAAGCUCAGCAAGAAGGCGGGCGAGGCGCCGCAGAUUCUCUCGUGGACGUCUCGCGCAUCCGUUGCAAAGAGGCAGGAGAAACAAUCGAAUGCGCUGGUGAAAAGCUCCACUAAAUCGACCGCAGUGGGGCCCUCAGCCGCCGUCUCAGCAACAAAGAAAAGCCCCAAGAACAGCCUGGCGACACGGAUCACGAAUUCGCUUUCCAAGGCGUGGGAGGCGGUGCGCAGCGGCGGCGCUUCAGUCGAGACGCCGGAGCACUUCGCGUACACGGCGAUGGUGCUGUGGUGGAUGGUGGAGUGGGAGGCGGCGGAGGUGUUCAACAACGCGGCGUCUGUGUCCUUGCAAACCGAGAAGAAGGCUGCGGCAACAUCUUCCUCAGCAUCAACAUCGCAUGCCAAUCUCCAAACACUGUUCACCACGAUGGAGGCGAGGCAGCAGAGGCGGAGGGAAGUGACAACGAACGCAUCCAAAGCGGCAACGAAAACUUCAGUAGCGUCAGCCGCCGCGGAGCCUUCGCCAGCGCCGCGCGUGAAGGAGGCUGAGAAGUGGGUGCGUCAGUUCUGGUCGAACGCCAACGCAGCCAUUCGCUGCCGGUGGAUGACGCUGCGCGGUGGCGAGGAGUUCUUGCGCAGCGUUCAUAGCGAGCUACUCGCCGAUCGCGACACACUGAAGCACAUUUUCACCUCCACCUCCGUCGAUCAGCUGCGUGAAAUGCAAGUCACGCUUGUGCCGCCAGCUGCGUUAAUGCAACUAGAUGGAGAGGGCGGCACGCAGCUGGGGAUCCCCUCUUCGCUGCUCGAUGCUGUACAACAUGACAACACAAGCGCGGCGCUUCGGUGUUGGCUUGGUCACUGCUACGCUGCCCAUCGCGUGGGUUCCCCCGACACGGCACACGCGUACUUACAGGUCAUUCGCAACGACUACGCGGCGCACAAGGAGUACACCCCCACCGCUGAGGUGGGAUUGGCGUGGAGCCACAUUCACAACGUUCCGUGCCGUUUUUCGCAGCUGUGGCGUGCGACGCCAGAAACAAACGCACCAGCUCCGAGAGCGUCUCCAGGCGGUGUUAGCGCCGCCCACCUCACACGGGGAGGAAACUGUGUUGACGUGCGGACCACCGCCUCGCUGCUUGGGUUUCGACCAACAGGAGUGGUGGACACAUCCGCCUUGUUCAGCGUCCCGCCGCAUCUCGUGCAAUUCUGCCACGACGCCGUUGUGCACCACGCGCACGCCGUGCAAGACUACCGAAAGUUGCGAAGCACUUCGCAGUCUCCAUUUGACCCCGUCGCUCUUGCGCAUUCCUUGUCGUUGGCACCUCCCUCUGUCCACGCCAGGUCGCUGCGUCACUUACAGUUAGCGGAGGAGGGCUUUCAGCGUGCCCUUCGCGCGGACCCUGCGAACGUUGGCGCCCUCUGCGGCCUCGGGCGCCUGCGCUGUCUGUCGGUAAGCUCGUCACUUUCUAGCUGCGGGGUCCAUGAAGGGGCCACCUCCCUUUCCAUGUCAACUGCUUUGCACCCGCCGUGCUCUCACGGCGUUGUCGGGGCGACCUCGACGGAGGCGGUUGACUUCUUCGCUGCUGCUUUAAAUUCAGCGGCUGCGACUGCGCACACCCGUCUGCCACCCGAGUCGGACUCGGCUGCACGGCGGGCCUCGCCGGAGAACUGCGCCCACGCGAUGGAUCACGUGUGGCUGUCCUACGCUGCGUACUGGAUGAGUGAAGAGGCACGACGUGUUCGCAUGUCCGGUGGUGGUCCAACAAGACCGCUGAACAGCAACCACCAGCACGUGUCGGCAUCGGCGGCGUGGCUUCUGAAGUCGUUACGCUACUACCCCCGAAACGACUGGGCGCUGACCAGUUUAGGGCUGUCGUAUCUGCGGGACGCCUCCACCCAGCCGCCGACACCACGUGCGUCAAGAGAAAACGAGACCUUAGCGCCGUGUGGCAUCAGAAAGGAGGACGAGUUGGAGCUUCUAAAGCUGCGCGGCCUGACUUUGCUGCAACGCGCUCUGACGAUAAACCCGGCAAACAUGUGGGCGCUGUGGGGCGUUGGCACGUAUGGUGUGUCCACGCCUAACCGCACCACGUGCCAGCAGCUGUUGCGUAGCUUGGUUUUGAAGAACAUCCCAAGGGUGUAG